AUGGGCUGGACCAGUAGCAGUGGAGGAGGAUGCUUCCCUUCAGACCAUGUGCAUAUGGGGCCUUCCUGUCCCCGGUGCUGGGAAGGAAACGCCUGGCAACUUCCAGUUGUGCUCAUUGGGGACUCCGGGGUGGGGAAGAGCAACCUGCUCUCACGCUUCACCCGCAAUGAGUUCAACCUGGAGAGCAAGAGCACCAUUGGGGUGGAGUUUGCUACGAGGAGCAUCCAGGUGGACAACAAGACCGUGAAGGCUCAGAUCUGGGACACGGCCGGGCAGGAGCGGUACCGGGCCAUCACCUCGGCGUACUACCGGGGGGCGGUGGGAGCUCUGCUCGUCUACGACAUCGCCAAGUACCUGACAUAUGAGAACGCUGAGCGCUGGCUGAAGGAGCUGCAGGAUCACGCUGAUGCCAACAUUGUCAUCAUGCUGGUGGGCAACAAGAGCGACCUGCGGCACCUGCGGGCCGUGCCCACCGAUGAGGCCAGGAGCUUUGCAGAGAAGAAUGGGCUGUCCUUCCUUGAGACGUCUGCUCUGGACUCUACCAACGUGGAGACGGCUUUCCACAACAUCCUCUCGGAGAUCUACCGCAUCGUGUCACAGAGGCAGAUCACUGGGCAGCCAGAGUCAGAGUUUGGCCCCACCACGACCAUCGAGCCCAUAAGGGUGCUACCCACGCAGCAGGAGGGCAGGCAGGCGCCCUGCUGCCAGAACAUCUGA